AUGAUGUUCCCUAGUUUGGUAACGGGAGCACAGAUCAGUAGGGAUGUGGGAAAAAGUAGGAAAGGAAGUAAAUCAGUAAUUGCUUUUGACUUGGUUUUGGAAAGGUAUAAGGGCCAAAAUGAAGAAACGCCGGAGAAAGACAUGGAGAAGAUAAACAGUGGCCUUCUGAAGAAGCUCAACGAACUGGAAUCAGACCUGUUAUUUUCUUUAGGGCCAGAAUUCGGAGCGGAGAAAAACUGCAUUUACAUUGGAAUGGUCAACGAGGAUCUCGAUGUCUCUGAAUUGGUGGAAACAAUUGCAGCUUCCGGUCGCGAAAUUGAAGAAAAUUCAAGGCUUUUGGAGAACAUGACGGAGGUUGUUCGAAAAGGCAUCCAAGACGCACAGGUUCAGCUGCAAAAAGCCAACGAGGAACGCCUGCUGGAAGAGGGUUUGCUUCGACAAAUUCCUGUGGUGGGUUCUGUCGUGAACUGGUUUUCUCCAUUCCGUGCCUCGCCAAAGGGACAAACCUUUAACUUAACGGCAGGUUCUUUGGAAUCCACAGAGACAACAUACAUAUCCAAAGCCCAGGGCACAGGGAUUACCCCACCUCCAACUCCCACAUCAAGCCGUGCUAAACAGAAGUUUCCUGGACAAAAGCUGUUUAAACGGGCCGGGAGGAACUCGGAUGGGGUCAGCGAGACCAGCUCGGUGAGCCAGGCGACUGACUUGGACCGAGGAGAAUUCGCAGCUUCUCCCCUCCAGCCAGAGAACGGCGAGCCAUCGAGCGAAAGCACGCCGCCUCUCCCUGAGGAAACCACGGGCGUCUCCCCCGGCACAAAACCUCAGGCCCCGGGAAACGACCAUCCGCUAUCGGAGGAGCGAGAGAGCCUUAGAUAAAAAAGAAACCAGGGCUCGGUGCAAAUAAGACUUUUGCGCAGGGGUUUAAAAAAAAGAAAGAAAGACAAAAAAAGAAAAGUGCACUUCGCUCCAGAAGAGAAACGGAACGACACGUUUAAAAUGUGAACCGUGCCGGAGGUAGGCAGUACGAAUUGCUAUUCAUGUGUGAUUGGCUGAAGAUUUUGCACAAAAAUUAGCGGAAGGCUGCUCUCUCUCUCUCUUUUACUUGUCUGCUUGGUUCUGAUUCAUCUCGUUUAUCCUGCACACCCGUUUAGCGCCAAGGUUGGAUCUGGGGUGGCUUAGGAGCAAUUAUUUCCCUUCUUAGCAGGGAACAUGCAAGAAUUAGGAGUGUCCCGUCCCCCAACCCCCCAAAAAAUGCCUGAUUUUUUUUAAAAAAAUUAAAUUAACAAGUUGCUUGGCACAGACUUCCCUUGGUUUUCUAAAUUGGAUUGUACUCUCUGCUAGGAUUAAACUAAUCUAGUUCCUGUUUGCUGAGCCCACCAGCUGCUAGCUAUUUUUAUUUAUCAAAGUGUUUAAACUAUUUUUCAACGUCUGGCUGCCUUUACGGUUUAACGUGGCACUCUUUUUUGUGGGGGGGGGGGGGAAUUAAGUUGCUUUCAGAUCCCCAAAUCUUUGCCCCUUGACAGACUUACCGUCCACUCCUUUUCAGCACCGUUGGUGGACGAAAAAAGGGAGAACAGGAUUUUGCAUUUCACAGGGUUGUAAGAGUUGGCUCAGGCAGCUUUAGACGUUCCUUUGCUGGAGCCAAACUUACUGGUGGUUUUAAAAAGUGGGAGGGGGUGGAAUCCCACAGAACAAAACCCAGUUUGAAAGGUUUGCUUUGAAAGGACAUCCAUCCUUAUUAGCCAAGGCUGCCUUUUGGGGCAGAUAGCAAUGCAUCGAGGCUGGCAUACGCCAUCGGUGGCAUAUCGGGUGUUUCGUCCCCUUGCUGUUCUUCGCUUUUCUCAUCGGUUGGUUGCAUUUGUUAAAUAUUGUAAAUAUUCAGAGAAAUUAGCUUAUUGUGCAGUGCUACACUAUGGGAAAGAAACACAGACACUGAGCUGAUUUGGGUUUUAAAAGUCAAGAGUAAAUAUUCAAGCGUUAAUUCUUCGUCUAGGUGAUUAAUUAUGCCUUUUUUUCCCCCCUGAGACAUUUAGCUCUUUCUGUUAAACAGAGCAACUUGGUUUCUCUAAGAGACUUUGCUGCACUUGGUAUUUCUUCCCCUAUUCACUCCAUAUUCUGAUUUUGUUUCACACACACACACAAAAGCACACGCGCACACACACACACACUCUUCUUUGAGCAACGUUUCUCUACAGUACCAUUUGCCCCCAAUCUGCUGCUACCUGGGCACAUCGGAAAGGUUUCCACUCAGAAACCAAGAAUCUGGGGGAAUGAAAUUGAACAUCCUAAGACAGCAACAGUUGGGGAAUGCUGUGGCAUUUAAUAAGAGUUCAAUUUAGAAGUAAUUAAUCCAUAAAGCUAGCGUAAGUGAAGGAACUUUAUUGUCCGCAAUUGAAGACAUCGAUUUUAUUCCAACACAGAUAAUAACAAUUAAGGAAUGGUGUUCUCAAAAUCAUUUUUUUGGGUGGUGUUGGUGGUAGUGGUAAUAUAAUCCAAUGUUGUAAGGCAUCCUAGCAGAAAAAAAUGCCAUUCCCUCAACAACAACAAAAGGGAGAGUCUAAAAGAGACUCACGCGGUCGUAAUUGUAGAAAUUACUAAUUUGGAAACGGGAGAUUUUUCUGCUUUGAAAGCCAAGGCACGAUUCACAUCCUUUAUGGAGGUCUCACUAAACUAGAUCUUACAGCGAAUGCUAGAAUUUUCUCCUCUCCUAAAGAGGAUCUUCUAUCCUUUGCAUUCAAGUGGGCAUUAAGAGUUCGAGUUUUGCUUAAUAUUAUUUAUGGAGGUUGAGAGGAAAUGAUCAUCAGAUCUAGUUUAUCUAGAGUAACCAGUUUCUUGAAACUCAGCUAGAACUUGAUUGACGCUCUUCCAUGGGUACCGCAGCAAUGGGCUUUAAUGACCAAAAUGUUUGUUAAAGGUUAACAACAGAUCGUUCUUUCUUGAUUGAGGAUUAUCACUGGUUAAAUGUACAGUUAACUUCCAACUAUUAAGGGUUGAUUUUUCUAAAGUGCAAAUUUAAUUCCUGUCUUCCUUUUGACUGUUUAUUUAGUGCAAUGAUUUAUAUUAACUUGGGUUCAUGAGGGG